AUGGGGCCAGACCGCGUCCGUGCCAGGCUGGCUUUCCAAGGUCCUGUUGGCGCCAGUCCCGACACACACCCUAGGCUGCCUCUGGACUUUCUCACCCUGCGUACUUUGGGAAAACAAAAAAAAAUGCCUUCUCUGCUGUCUGUCUCUUGUCGUGCCGCAAAUUUGGGUCAGGAGAACCGCAUGGUCAGCCAACCGCUCUCCUUGAUCCCCACCUCCCGCUGCCUCAUCAUCCUCUUCCACGCUCAAAGAAGAUCCUGCCGAGGUCAAGUCGACAGACAAUCACAUCCACGUCCAAAGAGAAUGCGGUCGCCCUUUCACUUCAAAGUUCACGGGCCGGCGCAAGCGACUCCUCCUCCACCUCGUUGGUCCAAGCCGUCCCGCACGCCAGUAGACUCCGCCGGCUGGCCAGUGGGCAGGGUCUGGCUAGGGGCCACCACUCUACCCUCGCUCGUUCGCGGUAACAAAGCCUCAAGCCUACCUACCCAGGUUCCAGCCUUCUCCGCCAUCGUUUCCUCUAGGGCGCCCCAGGUACUGAGCUUAACAAGGUGGGAUCGCCGCCUCCAUACGCCUCCAUACUCCACCACCAACACCUCUCAAACGCUCACCCAACUCCCCCGCCAUAGCACUUGUGGACCCCUCCUCCCCCCAACGUGCACCACCACAUCUUGCAACGCUGUCGUUGUGGACGGUGACUACAUCGACUACCAGCGUUGCUCAAGUUUUUUUCACGUCUUCGUCUUCGUCUUCUUCUUCUUCCACUUUGGGGACUAUACGGCCCCCCCUCAGAUUCCGUGGUUCAGGGCCACACUACGUCUGCGCAACCAGGACAUCGGGCCCUACCGAGCCAUCUGUGUUGGAGACCACCACAGUGGUACGAAUGAUCUGCUUUUGACCUCUUGUGCGCCCUCCCUUCUUCAACUUGCGACAACGAGCGCCGCUGAUUGUGCGCAGCAACUGAGACCGUCUAGAAGAGAUACGGCCAGGCGUGCAUCUGUCGGAUCGUCCGUCGAUCGCAGCAUCUCAGAAGACUCGGACCAGCCAUUCGCCGUCUCGCGCAACCAGAGACUAGACUGGGAGUACUAUUCUACGAGCUGCCCGUUGCCCUCCGUGGAUUUCUCUCAGCCUUCACGUGGGUCGUACUGGUCUGGUGCUCAUUUCACCACUCCACCGUUUGCCGCGUCACAGCUGCAUUCCCUCCCAACACCUCCUUCUUCCGAAGCAGGUAGGUCAUCAGGACCUACCCGGGACACAACCGCCAACGUGGCUGCUGCCGUGGCUCAUCCGACAUCCAUGCAUCCUGGGUCUGACCCAAUGGGUGCACCUCCAAGCUUUGCAGCACGGAGGCCUCACGCCCAGCAUCUGGGUAGCUUCGAGCUUCCCCCACCACCUAUGCACAAAUAUCCUUUCAACAACACUGUUACCGCAUCUCAGCCCUCACAGGCUCCCAAUACGAUUGCCAGCGUUGGCAACUUGCUUACUCCACCGAAUACUAAUCACGCUGAAGUCAACACUUCUUCUGGUGUGUCCACAAGUGGCGCCCCAUACUCGACAACCAUGGCUUACUCCAACGCGCAAUACAUUUACUCCCCACCCACUCAGGCUACCAAUACACACUACGGUUAUCCGCCUGCGCAUCAUCAACAGAACCAGUAUGGUCAAGCCCGAGGAGGUAUGUUCGCUCCGCUGCGCAGUGAUCGUCAUUUCACACAACAAGACUCACUCGGCAAAGGGCUGAAUCCGCCACCGUAUGAGAUGAAUCACCAACAAUUGCCACCUUUUACGCCAUCUUCCAACGGAUCAUCCAUGCCCUCAAUAUCUACACAGCAUCAACAACAACAGCAUCAUCAGCACCAACAACACCAACACCAUCAACACCAGCACCAACACCAACACCAGAUGAUGGGAUCACAAACACCCGUCUCUUCAUCAGCACCCCAGCAAUCGCCUUCACUUUCUCAAGAUUCAUAUCGACCACCACAGCCACCUACGCCCACCUACAAUUAUCACCCAUCGGGAACGCCUCAGCAGUCCAACUUUCCUUACUCAACCGGCCCUUCUCCAACACUCAGUCAACAGCAACAACAUAGUCCAAUCAGCGCUGGAGGCUCUAUGCCUAGAAUGUCGCCAGUCGUAUCGCAAGGCCCGAUGCCAUCGAUUCCCUCAAAUAACCCGCCUCCCUCAUCUUACCAGUACCAGCGACCACAGUCGCAAUACGCACCAGGUCCCGCACCGGUCUUUUCAAACGUGCAAAAUCCCAAUGGUCAGCUCUCGCUUGUUGGCGUACAUCCUGGCAUGAUGUCAGGGUUCAACAGUGGCCACGCUGCAGCCAUGCCUCACUUCAUGGGCCACCCACAGCAUCAACAGCCCGCCACCAACGACAGGCCCUUCAAGUGCGACCAGUGUCCACAAAGCUUCAACCGUAAUCACGAUCUCAAGCGCCACAAGAGGAUCCACCUGGCAGUCAAGCCCUUCCCUUGCAACCACUGCGACAAGAGCUUCUCACGAAAAGAUGCCUUGAAGCGUCAUAUACUUGUCAAAGGUUGCGGAAAAGCAAUGGCUGCAAAUGAUGAUUCCAAACGGGAAAGUCAUUCGCCCAAGUCGGACGCAAUUGACUCGAAGACCCACAUCUGA